AUGACGGCGGCGGUUGUGGAGAUGCCCAGCUACGAAGCGCUGCAAUCGCAGCUGCAUGCCAUGUCCUACAGUGAGCCGCUAGGAGUUGAAAGCGUUUCCCUCGUCUGUCGCUUACUUCACGACUUGCAAGAAGUAACAGAAGCGAAAGACGAGACGGAGCAGAAGCUGGAGCAUGCACAGAAGGAAGCGCUUGAGCUGGCGCAGCGUCUCCAGCCGCUAACUCGAGAGAACGCAGAGCUGACGCGCGAGAACAACAGUCUAUAUCUGGAGAUUAUCCAUCAGGAAGAGGCAAUUACAGAGAGGGAGAGAGCCUUUGAGCUCGAGCUUGAGGCUCUGCACGAUGACAUGAGAAAGCUCCAGAUGAUGAACUACCACAAGACGCAGCAAUGCAACGAGAAAGAGCAGGAAGUGGCCAAGUUACGGACUCAAUGGGAGCAGGUGCUAGCGACAGGAGCAACUUCUGCGUUGCCGUCUGCUGCAAUGAAGAGAUCCGCGACGCCGCGGUCGCUGCAACGAUUUUCUUUAGACAGCCAUCUAAUGAGGAACAUGCAGCAGCAACAGUCGGAAGAGCUGACACAAGUGACCAGAGACGUGCACAAGCAGCUUGCGGAGCUGACAGCUGAAAAUGUCAAGCUGCAAGCGCAGUGCGAUCAGCUACACGCUAAACUGGGAGAUCGAGAGCAGGAGAUUGACAGGCUGUCGAACUACUCGGUGGAAGCAGCAAACAACCAGACUACGUCAUCAGCGGAAUCGCAGGACUUGGAGGAGCAGUAUCGUACAAGGGAAAAGGAGGAGGCGGCUGCUGUGCAGGUGGAACUGCUGAGUGCGCAGAUCAAUAGUCUAAAAGAUGAGGUGACGAGGUAUGAAAGACGGCUUCGGGACGCGGCAGAACAGAUUUGUCGAAAUGACAGCAUCACAGAGAAGCUGCAGCAGGCUGAGCUAGAUCGGGAGAACAUGGAAGAAGAAUUUCGAGUGCUGCAGAGCAAGUACCGUAUCCUGGAGGAAAAGAACUUGCAAUGUGGAGACGCACAUCGUGAGCCGGAUAGCUUUUUGGAGAUGUGCGACCCCGCGCCUGCUAAUGAAAACUUGGCAGAGGAAGAAGAACAUAUGGACGUAGCAUCGCUGAAGAAACAGGUGAAAACACUGAAAGCGCACAAGGAUAAGCUUGGGGAUGCGCUUCGCGCUAUGCAAUAUGAAAAAGUAUCGUAUACGAAUGCUCUUGCGAAUGCAAACUCGCAUAACCGCGUACUCACGAGCGAUCUAGCUCGCGCUGAAGCGAGCGUAAAGGAGCUUACAGCGGUAAAAGCUAACUUGGAGCAGUCGCUGGCAGACACUCGGGCAUCUUCGGGUACAAGUGCCCGUGAGCGGGACGUGCUUCAUGAAUCUCUUGAGCAGAGUGAGAGCAAUCGCACGCUCAUCAGCGAGGAAAAAGCCUCGCUUGAUCGAGAGUUACGAUCUCUGAAAAAAAUACUGCGUGAGCGCGACGAUGAGUGCCGAUCUUUGAACCAUGCACUUCUCGUUUGUAAGAGGGAAGUGGAGCGUUUGACUGGAAAGCUCGAUAAGCUGGAAACAGCAGCCAGCAACGCGGGGGGUAGCGAUGAAGCCCAUGAUGACAGAGCAGCAGUCCAUGCUCAGGAGAAAAAGUGGCUGUUGGACGAGCAGCAUGAUCUUCGUUGUGCAAAGGAAGCGCUGAUGCUUCGUGUGGUAAAUCUCGAGGAGGACUUGCAAGAGACCAAGACUUUACUGGAAGAAGCAGAGCUUGAGAAAAAGGGUCUAACGGAGAGGGCAAACACGGCGUUAAAAAUGCAGAGCAAUCUUGAAUCAAUGCUGGAGACAAAAAAGCGCGAGUCACUCGAUCUUCAGAAGCAACUCAUCGAAAGUAAGGAAAAGAUCCGUCCGCUCGUUGACAAGCAGCACCAAGCACAAACGCUGCUCAGUCAGGCUGAAGGUACCGAGGACGAGAAGCUGAUCGUCCAGAAUGAGGCCGCAGCACUUAAACGACACGUGGAAGAGUUGCGCGACCAAAAUGCGAGGUUAAGAAAUCGCGUGGAAAAUGAAGAUUUGCAGGUUAAGAGGCUAUCGGAUCAAAUUCGAACUUUGCAGGCAGAAUGUGCCGUGAUGAGCAAGAAGUGUACAACACUUGAUAAAGAGAAGGCAGGUCUGUUGGAUAGUUACGAGAACGCUAUGGUAGAGCUGCGCACCGCCCGCCAGUCAUGGAAUUAUUACCAGAACGAAUUUGAAAAGCUGUCGAGCGAAGUACAGGCUCAACAACAUUCGCUUUCGUCUGGUGAAGAUGCGCUCCAGUCUAGCCAUGUCUCGAUAAGUGAUCUUAAGAAACAGGUUCAGCGGUUGCAGAGUGAGUUGAAGCUCAAGCAUAACAAUCUGGCUCACGUGGAGACACGACUAGAACAAGAGAAGACCACGCACAAAAGCGUCCACACGCAAUUGGUUCUGCUUCAAGACGAGCUCUCACAGGCGAAAGAGACAAAUGGCGCGCGCGAGAUUGGGCUGCAACAGUUACGAGAGGAGAACCAGGCCAAGGAUCGUGCAUUGGCCGAGAAAACCGAAGCUCUUGAUAACUGUAAGCUGCUUAUCGAGCAGAUGGAGUCGUCCCGGGAUCAGCUGGUUUUUCAGACGAAGCAGCGACAGCAACAGAUCCAGCGGCACCAACAAGAGAUCGACGAUCUGCGCACAAAGAUCACCUCGCUCGAGAACGAGAACUCAGCGAAAGUUGUUGAGAUUGCGUCGCUAAAGAAGCUGUCACGAACGCUGGACAGUGAAAAAGAUGCAGUGAAUGAUCAGCUGGAUAUUUUGACUGAGAAAUAUCAGGAGAUCGAAAAGCAAAGCGGCGAGCUUCGCCAGGCCGUUGAAGCGAAACAAUCUGAUGCUGCCGGGCUUCAGGAGCAAAUGAGAAAUCUGGUGAACAAGCUGAAUGAGUCUGAAGAUAAGCUGGGUAAGAUGCAAGCUCACUGCUCGAAACUUGAAAAUGAGCUUGACCGUCUUGAGCAUUUGAAGGGAGUGCACACUGCCGAGUUGACAGCACUUGCCCAAGACCUGGAGAAUAUGACGAUAGAAAACCAAGCGAUUGCUGAAGAGUGUACCCGUUUGCAAAGAAUGGAGCAUUCUCGUUCCCAGUCGGCCAAAAGUAUGAAGCAUAGUACAAGGGAAAUUGAACGGCAGAGAGACACACUGCAGAUUGAGCUAGAGGACCUGCGCCAUACGUACCGAUCGUUGAUACAAGAGCAGGAGGGGAUGCAAAAAGCACGUGCGGAAAUGCUUGCACUCCAGGAUGAGCUUGCGUCAGUGAACGAAUCUUUAAGGAAGCAAGUCGCUGCGUUUGACAAUCAACUUCGAACGUUGAGGGAGAAAAAUGCGACUUUGACGACCGAAGCAACCACGUAUCGUGAUCAAGUCAGCUUUCUUACCGAAAAGCUCCAGAAAAGUGAGGAAAAACACGACGACCUCCAAACGCGAAUGCAGCAGUUGGUGCAAGAGCUAGAUACCCAAAAACAGAUUUCGACUGAGAUUUCUGCUCAGCGUUAUGGAGCCCAAGCUGAGAACGCUACCGUGUCCCAGCGCAUUGUGCACUUGGAGGCAAAAUUGAGCAACUGCAAGUACGAAGUCCAGUCCUUGCAAGCUAAGCUUCGUGACGAGCAGUCCCAGCGGCGAAGUCUUGAAGAGGUUGCUUCUACCCUUCGCCAGAAGAUAGCGACAAACGAAAAUGUGAUCUUGCAUUUGGAAGAGCAACGAAAUGCGAUGGCUCAGGAAAUUCAGGCUUCUUAUCUACGUCAGGUUCCAGUUUCCACGGCCAUCAUGGACAUGUCGGAGCUCAAUCACGCACCACCGUCUGUUGGUCAGGCAUCCCACAUGUUGCGAUCGAAAGCACCUGGCGCAACGAGAGACCGUUUAACUCCACCCCCGAUAUCGCCAAAUGCAACAGGAAGCACUCCAGAAUCUGGGGAAAAGUCAUCUAGCGCGUCCUCCUCACUUCUGCCAUACCACGCGAUUGAAAAGGCCCAGAUGAAGUGCCAAGAGCUGGAAGACCGACUGGCUCAGCAAGAUGACACGAUCAAGGAAAGUUUAUACGAAUCGUUUCUUACAUCGCUGGCACGGGCACUAAUGACUAUCUGGUAUUUAUCUGCAGCAACUGGAGAGAUCGCGUUGCAAGUUCAAGCGGUUUGCAGCAAAGUACGAGCGCGAAAUCCAGCAGCGCGAUCGAAAAAUCGAGGAGUUGCAGAACAGCUCUCAUGCGUCUUCGUUCGUCUCCCCCGAUGCGCCAUCAUCAAGGUCUAG